GAACGUGCUGCGGUAGGUGGCGAAGAAAAAAGAAUGCAGCGGCUUUCAAUUGAAAACUAAACCAUUCUAGAUUAUGGUUGUUUUGCGGUAAUGAAAAUAAUUCAGCUGCUCGUGUACAAACUAUUGGCACGAGUGUUAGAUACCGUGAAUCUUUUCUUUAACGUGCGCCGCCUGCACUACAUCCGCGAAGUGAUCCAAGUAAGUGUCGAGGUGUUGGUCCAGCAAAUCCACUACGAGAGCGAAGCAAUGGCAAAACGUCGGUCCGUGUUCGCGUUUCGACCGUUCGAGGUGUGCGACGUAGACUAUCGUAGCGCGGGCAGCCUGACGCCACGCGGCUCAUCCGGCCGCAAAUUCCCAAAGGCCCGCAGUGGCCAUCGGAUUGUGUGCAGCGAUUCGGCCAUCUACUGCUUCGGGGGAUUUAAUCCAAACAACCCGACGACGCAGAAUGUAAACAAUGACCACAACAGGGAGGACUCCUGUUUGUUCGAGGAGUUGUGGAAGUUCGACAUGGUACGAAAACAGUGGUCCCUACUGUUGGAUUCAAAGGACGAUUUGCCGAUCGAGCUGGCCUCGAACGCAAUGCUGCUGUACGGUGAUACCAUCAUGAUUUUCGGUGGAACUGGCUUUCCGUUUGGGAUGAAUUGCUCGAACAAGUUGUACGUAUGUCCAACAGUGAGUAAGCCCAUAGGCUCUUUGGAAAUGCUAGAAAUUGAAGUUAAAGGCGAUCCGCCACCACCACAGUAUGGACAAGGAAUUGUCUGCCACGAUAAUUAUCUAUACACUAUUGGAGGGACCAAUGGUUUUGAUUAUACUCUCGACGUGCAUAGGCUUCAUCUUCCAACAAGGAACUGGGAGUGUGCCUACGAAUGUCGGCCAAAUAUUAACGAUGAUCCGCUGGGUAGAUAUCGCCACGAGUUGGCAUACGAUGACUCUAAAAUCUAUGUGAUUGGCGGCGGAACUAGUGAUUCGGUAUUCAUACUUUCGUCGAUUCCCGCCUAUGAUAUGAAAACCAAUAAGUGGGACUACUGUGUGACAAAACCGGACCCAAAGGCGGGACUGCCCGGGAUCCCGGCGGCCCGUAAGUGUCACUCUUGCGUCCAGAUUCAAACCGACCAAGGAUUGGAGGUGAUCGUCGCCGGCGGAUACGACGGCGUAAUGUACUUCAGAGACAUUUGGAAGCUGAAUCUUUCGUCCCUGGAGUGGAAGCUAAUGCAAAAGUCCAGCCUGCCGCACCCGUCGUUCUUUCACGAUGCGGCAACUACGAGCGAUGGUUGUAUGUACAUAUUCGGUGGCAUAACGUUCAACAACAACACCAACGUUCGUACUAAUACGCUGCUCAAGAUGUGGACGACUAUCCCGCGGCUGAGUGUCAUCGCUUGGGAAGCGCUGCUGCAUUACAUUCCCGGCCUUCCCAGUAGGACGAAGGAAGAACUGCUGGAAGCCGGUAUUCCAAGGCAAUUUGUAAGUAGAGUACACGAUUGAGCGGGCAGUGGCUAUGGCGAUUCUUAGAUGGCACGCUUCAACCAGACCGGUUUAUACUUCUCAUUGGUGAUCUAAAAACUCCUACAGAUAAAGUUGAUGAUUGUACACAAGCCAGACACAUAAUAAAAGUACAUAACUC